AUGCUACAUAGAAUAAACCCAGUACGGUUUUCUCUGCAAUCUUGUCAAAGGCACUUCUCGAAGUUGAUAUCGCCACUGGAACAACAAAAAAGUCAUCCUUUUACUAAUAGAGUCAGAAUCCCUAUUGAGGCAGGCCAGCCAUUGCAUGAGACAAGGCCGUUCCUUAUCAAGUCAGGCGAGUUGACACCAGGUAUUCCAGCCCUGGAGUACUAUGAAAGAAGAAUUAGGUUGGCGGAAACCUUGCCUCCCAAAAGUUGUGUGAUUUUAGCUGGUAAUGAUAUCCAAUUUGCAUCUGGAGCAGUAUUUUACCCCUUCCAACAGGAAAAUGACUUGUUUUAUCUUAGUGGUUGGAACGAACCUAAUUCAGUCAUGGUUUUAGAAAAGCCAACUGAUAACUUAAGUGAUACAAUUUUCCACAUGCUGGUCCCACCAAAGGAUGCAUUUGCCGAAAAGUGGGAAGGAUUCAGGUCUGGCGUUUAUGGUGCUCAGGAAAUUUUCAACGCUGAUGAAUCUGCUUCCAUUAGUGAUUUGUCCAAAUACUUGCCCAAAAUAAUUAACAGGAAUGACUUCAUCUAUUUUGAUGUGUUAUCGACUUCUAAUUCAAGUUCAUCCAAUUUUAAGCACAUCAAGAGCUUCUUGGAUGGCAGUGGGAAUAGUAAUCGAUCUUUGAAUUCCAUUGCGAACAAGACUAUCAAGCCCAUUAGUAAAAGAAUUGCAGAGUUCCGUAAGAUCAAAUCUCCUCAAGAAUUGAGAAUUAUGAGAAGGGCGGGCCAAAUAUCAGGAAGAUCGUUUAACCAAGCCUUUGCCAAAAGGUUUAGGAAUGAGAGAACUUUAGAUUCCUUUCUUCAUUACAAAUUUAUAUCCGGUGGCUGUGAUAAAGAUGCAUAUAUUCCCGUGGUCGCUACGGGUUCGAAUUCUUUGUGUAUCCAUUACACAAGAAACGAUGAUGUUAUGUUUGACGAUGAAAUGGUUCUUGUAGACGCCGCAGGUUCCUUGGGUGGUUAUUGUGCUGAUAUUUCGAGGACGUGGCCCAAUAAUGGGAAAUUCACCGCUGCACAAAGAGACCUCUACGAAGCUGUAUUAAAUGUCCAGCGUGACUGCAUCAAACUGUGUAAAGCUAACAAUAACUAUUCUCUCCACGAUAUUCAUGAAGAGAGUAUUACGUUGAUGAAACAAGAGCUGAAAAAUUUAGGCAUAGAUAAAGUCUCCGGUUGGAAUGUUGAAAAAUUAUACCCCCACUAUAUUGGCCAUAAUUUAGGUCUAGACGUUCACGAUGUGUCUAAAGUUUCCAGGUACGAACCACUGAAGCCUGGUCAAGUUAUCACUAUUGAACCGGGUUUAUAUAUUCCUAACGAUGAAUCAUUUCCAUCUUACUUUAGAAAUGUCGGAAUAAGAAUUGAAGAUGAUAUAGCCAUCGGUGAAGAUGCCUACACUAAUUUAACGGUUGAAGCAGUAAAAGAGAUUGACGAUUUAGAAAAUGUCAUGCAGAAUGGCGUAUCUACAAAAUUCAAAGAGGACGAGAUGGCACCAUUGUAA